AUGGCACAACCCUCUUUAACUGAGCAACCUAUGCAGACUUCCAAGGUCGACUCAAUACCCCACCAUGAUGCAGAUCAACCCAACACCCCUGUAACCUCUCGCUCUCCGCCAGCGUCUACAGAUGUUGACGAUAACCCGCGGAGUCCCAAACGGCGACGACUUUCCACAGAUGAGCAGCAGCGGAUAAUCAAGAGUGAGGCUGAGGGGGAAGUCGCUGGAGGACAGCCGGAGCCAGCAGUCGCAACAUCUACACCAACACGCGAAGGUCAAGAUGGAGAACCAGAAGCAAACCUUUCUCAGCCACGGCGCGCUUCCACAGAAACGGUUCAGCAGGUUGUCGGGUCUAUCGUCAAAACAGAAGGCCCCGAUAUACAGGUCGGGGCUGGAAUACCCGCGACGGCAACCGGAGUCCAAAAUGGAAGCGUUGCGACAAGACCCUCACAGCAACAGUCCCCUGCGCCUAACACCCGGCUGGAUAACUUACCCUUCCUCGACAAGCAGUCGUCCCAGCUUUUGACCUUCCUAUCCCGGUUGACACCGACCGAAGCCAUGGGCCUGUCAAGUGCUCCCAAUGCGCCAAGCACCAAAGAGUAUGCAGCAUUGCGCGCUGCGUUUGAUCGAACCAGGAGGCUGCUCAGCCCAGGAUGGCCCUUUCUGUCGCCACAUGACUUGGGACUACGCAACGGCAGUCAGCUUGAAAUCAUCCGUAAGGCCAACCAGGCAAUCUUCAUGUCCAGCAUUUUCACCGGAGAGAUAGGUCUUCGGGACAUGGACAGGAGUUUUCUUGCCGUCUUCGUCCCCGAGAAUGGCAAAUUACUAAAAGCGCAGGCUUCGAUGUACCUCGAACUGAAAACCCAGGGCUUCAUUACUGCCUGGAGAACAGGUGCUGCUCCACCCAAUGUUGUUAUGGCAGACCUCUUCGGACCUGACCUGGACAAGGCUCUCUUGGCAAGAAGGCCUGGCACCACGGGUCUGGCCCCAACGGAGCAGGAGUUCCUCAUCCGGCUCGCGUCCCGUCGGGACAUUCUGCAAAGCCAUGUGAAGAACAACACCCUUGAUCAGCUCCCCUUGAAGUAUAGGUGGGAGGACUUUAGUCGAGAAGUCUCCUCCUAUCUGAUCAAACAUAUUGAAAACUCCUCCAAUCCUGGUGACGGUGUCUCGAACGAAGGCAAUGACCCCACUAGGAGUCUUCAUCGAGGCCAGAUGGAAGGACAGUUCUCUAUUCACGGCCCGCCACUCCCGGUCUCAUCGACCGACUCCAUCCUCUCCUCAAAGUCUUUGGUGAAGCAUGCUUUCGAGCCCUCGGAUGACGGCGACUUUGUUGCGCAGGCGGCGAGGGCGGCAGAGAUUGCCCUUCGAAGUACGCUGGGCCUAGCAUACUCGGACAAGAUACCAGAAGGACCAGCGCCGACAACCCCCACGAUACAGCAAGACACUUCUACAACCCGUCCACCAUCGGCACCACUUUCCGAAACCCGUGACCUUAACUUGAACACAGCCUCGUCUCCAUCACCUGCAGUCGAUCUAAAGUCCACGACGGAGGAGAUCCCCCAUGCCUCUCAGACUGCUCCCACGUCAGUCCUGUACGAGAGAGCCCGGUUGGCCGCCACAAAGGCAUCACUUGCCCUUGAAAAGAAGCCAUUGGUGCCUAGUCAGAGGCGUCCAUGGACCACGGAAGAAGAGAAUGCGCUCAUGACCGGGCUAGACCAGGUGAAAGGACCCCACUGGAGUCAAAUUCUAGCCAUGUAUGGACCUGGAGGCACCAUUAGUGAGGCAUUGAAAGACCGGAACCAAGUCCAGCUCAAGGACAAGGCGCGGAAUCUCAAGCUGUUCUUCCUGAAAAGCGGCAUUGAGGUGCCCUAUUAUCUCAAAUAUGUGACCGGCGAUCUGAAAACGCGUGCUCCUGCCCAAGCACUCCGGCAAGAGGCCAGGGAACGCGACAGGCUACUGGCAGAAGGGGAUGACGCUGCAUUAGAUGAAUUGGUAGGCGAUGUUGAGGGCGAAGAACAACUCGGGGAAGACAUAUUUGACUCUAUGUCCAAUCAAGAGUCGCCUCUCACCAAUGGGGCCGGACAAGGCGCUCCCGCCGACGAAUCUAAGAAGCCCUUUGAACCGAGCAUGGCAGAUGUUGAGGCCCUCAUCGCGAAAGCAAGCGCAAGCGCACAGACGUCGCAGUCCGUCGAGUCGACCUAG